AUGGUGAUUACAACUAGGGUUGGAACUGGCAUAGUGAAACAGAUCCUGGUAGAUACAGAAGCUGAUUCGAACAUCAUGUUUUGCAAUGUGUUUGAUGCUUUGGGCCUACGGGAUGCCGACUUGAGGGGCAACCAACAUGGCGUGGUCGGCCUAGGGGAUAAUUUCAUCAAGCCUGACGGAGUAGUUUCCCUCCCGAUCUCCAUUGGCGGAGGCCAGGGGAAGAGAUCCCUAAUGGCGGAGUUCGUUGUCCUGAGAGACUCCACGACCUACAACCUCAUCUUAGGAAGGAAAACCAUCAACGAGUUUGGAGUGGUGAUUUGCACUAAGCUACUGUUAAUGAAAUUUGUUGCCGAUGAUGGAUCGAUACCGAUGCAUCGGCCAGACGAAGAGAAGACGGAGUUUAUAAUGCCAGGAGGAACAUACUGCUACAAGGUAAUGCCGUUUGGGUUGAAGAACGCAGGGGCUACGUACCAGAGGCUGAUGAACAAGAUACUCAAAGACCUUAUCGGCAAGACAGUGGAAGUGUACGUAGAUGAUAUUUUGGUCAAGACCACCGAAGCUGAGGACCUCAUCAGUGACCUGGAGAACGUGUUCGCCUCCCUCCGACGACACGACAUGAGGCUAAAUUCGCUCAAGUGUGCCUUCGCCAAUGGAAGCUGA